AAAAUCUCCGAUGAGUGAAGUCGUCAAUGUCGUAGUCGCGCUCGCGGUGAUCGUUUUCGUCGUUCGGUGGGCAACUUCCACCUCACGCGAGACGCCUGAGGAACGGAAUGUACGGACUACGCUUGGUUUUAGGCCCAAAGCUGUUACACCUGAGAUGACAGAAACGAUUUCAAGCAUGUUCCCUGAUAUGCCAAGAGAAAAUAUACACUAUGACCUCCUGCGAACUGGCAGUGUCGAAAUGACAACGAACAAAAUCAUCGAGCGCGGAUUCUUAGAUCCUCCGCCACAGGCAUACUUCCGGCUAUACCCUCGCACUGAAAAUGCACGCCAACCCGCAACUGGAGCUGCACAACGACCAGCCUCUCGGGCUCAAACGCCAAACACGUCCGGUGCUCAAGCAUCUUCUUCAUCCUCUUCAGCCCCUGCACAGAAAUCUGCACCAUCACUGAUUGCACGAUAUCACUUGGAGAACUAUCUUUCGUCGCAACGCGUUGAUGAGCGUACGAAAGAACGAGAAGCCAGUGAGGUAAAACUGGUAUUCGAGUCGCCUGAGCAAGCGGGUGGGAAGGCUAGGUGGGAAGAGACUCCCGAGAAGCGCGAAGCUAGUCUGAGGGAGAGGAAGGCUCAAAUGAUCUUAGCUGCGAGGAAGCGAUUAAUUGAGCAGCAAAAGGCCGCCGGAGCUGCACCUGCCGAAGCUGGGCCAUCAGGCCUGAAAACAGAGUAGGACUGGCAUUCAUUCCCGGUUUCUCGUCUGUUCUCCCCGCUUAAUGGUCUACUCAAUUCUGCGUUUACUCCCCUGUUUAUCCCUACAUAUCACCCGCACCCAUAAUGCUAUAAUGAUCAUUCAAUCGCCAUGACGAAUGACGCAACAUGUUUAACUGGG